AUGAAAGGAUUAAAAUUAGUAAAACCUAAGCUAAUAACAGGAAAUUUAGUGACAUAUGAUAACUUUCAAAAUGAUGAAUUAUAUCAUUUUAUAUUGAUCUACAAUAUUAAAGUUAAAAAAAUAAUAACUAAUGGCGAACUGUUCCCUAAAGAGAUAAUGAUGCCAAUAGAACUUGAAUAA